UUCCAAAGAAGUUGCUCCACGAGCAGGGCUCCAGACCGCCGGCCUACCACCCGCCCCCCAGCGCCCAUGACCCCAACAUAGUGGGAGACAGCCCUCCUGAGGGGAGCUCAGUCAAAAGACCCGACAGUGUUCCAGACAAGAAAAAGAUCAGAGAGACGAACCCCAACGAGGAGAAGUCUGCAGAAACUGGAAGAGGAGGAGGAGGAGGAGGAGAAAGUCCACAGCGACCGCCGGGCACCAAUCCCAUCAUCAACUCCACUUCUGGUGCCAACAUGGCCCUCAUCAGCAACGCACUGGCAGCCUACACUUACAUCUCAGACCACCCGGAGAGAGCUGCACUAUUCUUUGUCUGCGGCGUGUGUUUGGGCCUCUUCCUCACCCUCUUCGCCCUGGUGGUCCAGAUCUCGUGUCGCACCGACUGCCAGCCCCGCCAGCGGCCUCCUGCCAAGAAACGAGCGCGCCCGGCCGACUCGUCCUCCGACUCCAGCGACUCGGACUCGGACUGGGACACCACCUCGGACCUGUCGGCGCGGAGACACCGGCGCUUCGAACGUACGCUUAACAUGAACGUGUUCACGUCGGCGGAGGAGCUGGAACGAGCGCAGAGGCUGGAAGAAAGGGAGCGGAUCAUCCGAGAGAUCUGGAUGAACGGGCAGCCGGACAUCCCAGGGACACGGAGCCUCAACCGGUAUUACUGAGGAACUGCUGAAGGGGCUUCUGACAGAAGGCUUACAUGACUUGAACAAAACUUUGGACGCACUUGGUUUGUAGGGGAACGAAGACAAGGCCCAGAUGAGGCUUUACAAGGAGGCAUGCAGAAGCAGCUGUGGACUCCGAUGAGAGCAGUGGAAGGCAUUGCAGACUUGGGAAGAAAGUCCUCCCUCUCUGCUGGUUUGUAUAUUCCUCUGGGCAUCAUAAGCUAUACCCCGUUCAGUAGGACAAUAAGCUUCCACUCUGCAUGGUAAGCUCGCCUCUUACUGCCGGAAGUGAGAGGUGAAAGGCUGCACUGCCUCGCCCGUGACCUCAGCAGGCCUUUUUGAAGUGGGGAUUUAUGGGCUAGCUGCCUCAGACAUACACAGGCCUGCAGAGACUACAUGGUGACUGAAGGACCAAGGCCUCACAUGGGUCUGUUUCACGCAGAACGCAGGGCAGCUGGAAGAGACUUUACGCUCACUACCCUCCAGUAUUCAAGAGUGAACUUUAGCAGAGGGGCGGUACGAAGCAAGCCGACGAUGGGACAAUGUACGACAAUCUCUCCACAGUGAAUAAUCAUGCUGCCUUUUGAGCUUUAUAAAACCAAAAGAUAUUUUUGGGGAAAUUCAUCUCAACCCUUAUGAAAUAUAUUUUAUAAUAUUUAAUAGUUUAUUGACGUUGUGUAUUUUUGUUCUCAAGUAUGGUUUAUUAUGAGAUAUUUUUAUACUUGGCGAAGGUUGUCUGGCACCUCAGGGAUGCAAUCCUAGUGUUUCUGUGUUUGGUUGAUGUAUUUGCUUCCUAAGAAGGGGAUCAGCCCGUUUAAACAGCUACGUAUGUCAGCAUUUAAAGAAAAAGAAUUAGAAAUGUCAUAUAAAGAGCCUCAAAGAGGUUUUUAGUGAUUUAACCUUAUUUUUGAUACGGUACGUUUAACUCACGGUGCAGUGCCUUUUCUAGCUACUAAGUCGCUGUUGUCAAGAUUGCAGCUGGUGUGUCUCUCAGUAAACGGUCAGAUUAUUUAUUGAUUGGAAAUCCUAAAUUAAUCUCCUCAUAUUCCCUUUUGUCAGAAGAACUGCUUCGCUGAAGUGGAGCGCAUGUAAAGUCUGAAUGUCUCUGUUAAACAUUGCACUUGCUGUCUUCCCAGAUGUAAAUGUACAUUACCAGGAUAUGCAAAUGUUGUACCAGUGAAGUUAUUUUUCUGGUCCUCACUCAUAAACGAUUGUGUGAAUUUUGGGUCUCGUGCCAAUCAUGCCUGCAUGUCAGAAAUAUCAGUGCUAAACAGAUGCUUGUACUCACGGCCAUCUGAAGAAGGAACCAGCACUGCAAAAAAAUAAAAACAAAACUCACGGCGGACAUGUAACCUGCUCCUCUUAAGUCAUGUUGCCAGUUUGAUAAUAUAAGCUAUUGUCAGUCCACGUCUGUUUUUGCUUCCCUGGAUUCAAGCAUAGAAAUAAUUAUAGUUUUCAUUU